AUGGAUGAUCAAAAGAUGUUUGAGGAAGUAGCCUCCAAGUUCAUGAGUCUUUACAGGCGAAACGUCGUCCAAAAGUUCAAGAGAGCGUCCGAUUCUGGAAGAUUUCAAGCGUUACUACAAACCAAUGAGUUUGCUCGAAAUGUGUUUGGUCUUAGCCAAAGUUUGUGUCAAAGAUACGAUGUUGAUAGUUGGCAAGCGCAAGUUCUGGAUACGGUGGAUUUAGAGACGAUUUAUGCCAAUGUAGAAGCAAUGGAGGGCUCAGAAGAUGAUUAUGUGGAUAGACUAGUUAAAGAACUUCUCCGAUACUUCAAAAAUGAUUUCUUCAAAUGGUGCAACAGACCCGACUGUGAGUGCUGUGGGUGUCCUGGGGAUCAAAUGGUACCGGUUGGGAACGAAUCACCAAAUUCUCAAGAACGUCAGUUUGAUUGUGGGGGAGUCGAAAUAUACGCAUGUCCCAAAUGUAGACAAAGGACCAGAUUCCCACGCUAUAAUGAUCCAGUAAAACUUUUAGAGACUCGAAAAGGACGCUGUGGUGAAUGGUGCAAUCUUUUUAUGCUUUUCCUGAAGUCCUUCGGCAUCGAAUCCAGGUACAUUUGGAAUCGUGAAGAUCAUGUUUGGUGCGAGAUUUACUCUCCACACCUGAAGAGGUGGGUACAUGUAGACUCUUGCGAACAGAGUUUUGACGAGCCUCACAUCUACUCGGUUAAUUGGAAUAAAAAGAUGAGCUAUACCAUAGCGUUCGGUACCACCACCGCCAUAGACGUCAGCAAGAAUUACAUUGUUCAGAAUCAGCUCCCAAGGGAUUUGAUAUCAGAGGACGAUCUAUCUUUCUUGUUGAGAAUGAUAACGAAACGUCUGCGUACUGCAUUGAGCGACGAUGAUAUCUAUAAACUGGCCUGUCUUGAUGAGCAAGAAAAUAUGAUGAAUGCUGGUGUUGCCUCUUCCAACGACAGCAAAGCUACUGGAACGGUAUCUGCACCUCAGGGUCGGCAGAGUGGUUCGGCAGCUUGGAAAAAGUCCCGAGGCGAAGAUGGAUAG